AUGGCUCCACGCCCGGUUAUCGCAAUCGCAGGGCUGGCAUGCGAGACUUCGACCUUCACUCCUGCGCGCACCCUCGCGCGAGCAUUCCACCCCCGACGGGGCAAGGAGGUCAUCGACGAGUACGCCUUUCUACACCCGGGGUCACCUCUUGCAGAUACAGCCGAUUGGCACGGAUGUCUGAUCGGCCAUGCGCUGCCCGGUGGCACUGUCACCCGCGAAGCAUUCGAGGAGCUCGCCGGAGAGAUAGUCGCGCGGCUGAAAGAGCUCAAGGCUUCAGUGCCAGCCAUUCACGGCCUCUGGUUCGACAUCCACGGAGCAAUGUGCGUUGAAGGCCUCGACGACGUGGAAGUCGAGCUCCUCCGACGGAUCAGAGCCGUCACGGGCCCUGAGACCAUCGUAUCGGCAUCGAUGGACCUCCACGGGAACGUCUCGCGGGACCUCGCCCACGAAACAGACCUACUAACAUGCUACCGCACGGCGCCACAUAUAGACGAACUCGAAACCAAAGAGCGCGCCUGUCGCAAUCUAGUCAACCUGCUCACCAAGCCCCGGACCACUGCCUUCCGACCGCUCAAAGCCUGGGUCCCCGUGCCCAUCCUCCUCCCAGGCGAGCAAACAUCCACUCGCAUCGAACCAGCCAAAAGCCUCUACGAGCUGGUCCCUAAAGUCGAAGCCCUCCCUGGCAUCAUCGACGCCGCCAUCUGGGUUGGAUACCCUUGGGCCGACGAGCCCCGCAAUCACGCCGCGAUAGUCGUGACAGGAUGGGAUGAAGCGGCCGUCGCCACGAACGCAGAGCGCCUGGCUCGGAAGUUCUGGGAUUACCAUGCCGACUUCAAAUUUGUCGCGCCGACGGGCUCCUUCGAGCAGUGCGUCAACACUGCAUUGACCUCCCCCGUCCACCCAUUCUUCAUCUCCGACUCCGGCGACAACCCCACCGCAGGCGGAUCAGGCGACGUCACAUGGACGCUGGCACAGCUGCUGCGUCGAUCAGAAUUCGCACAGCCCUCCGGAGCCAGCGUCAUCUACGCGAGCCUCCCAGGCCCAGCGGCCGUACUGAGCAUGGUAGCAGCUGGCGUCGGGGCGACGGUUACAGUCAGGGCUGGCGCCGAGGUCGAUGAUAUUCACGGCGGGCCGGUGACGAUGACAGGGCGCGUGCACGCGAUAAAACACGGUGACAAAGAUGCGGUAGUCGAAGCGGUGCUCCAGGUCGGGAGUGUGUAUGUGAUUCUCACGCAGCUGCGCAAGCCGUAUCACCACGAACGCGAUUUUACCGACUUGAACUUACGCCCGCGUCAGACGGACAUUGUUAUCGUCAAGAUCGGUUACCUGGAGCCGGAGCUGUUUGAUAUGGCGGCGGAUUGGAUCCUGGCGUUGACCCCUGGCGGCGUGGACCAGGAUAUCAAGAGGCUCGGUCAUCGACGCAUUCAGCGGCCGAUGUGGCCGUUUGAUACUCAGUUUCCUGAACCACCGGAUUUGACGGCCCGCUUGAUACCGGGGUCUGAUGAGCCGCUUGCCGAGUCUGAAUGA